AUGGGCAGCCUCGAAAAGAAAGAGUACACCUACGCCAGCCUCGAGGGAGACCAAACCCUGCCGGCAGAUGUCUACCAUGCGUCUUCUUCGAGCGGCAAGCCAGGCGAUGUCAAGCCAAAUGCCAUUAUCUUCUACGGAGGACGGUUUAUGAUAGGCACCGAGGACAUCGAGACUAGGAAUAGCAAGGGCCUUAUGACAUUAGGUUGGCUGACUGAUUUGCUAUUAGGCGAGUUGCAUCACGAUUUUAUCCUAGCGAAUGUAACUGACCCCAGCGGCUAUUUGAUCGAGGAGGGAGCAGUGGUUCAGAACCGGGUCGUUGUGACUCUAGAGUCUAAGCGCACCAAUUGCAAGCGGCCAGACGAUCGUAUUCAUUCAAUAAGCGGCUAG